AUGUUUAAUAAUCAAAAAUUAGAAAAAAAAUUUUUAAAGUUAUUGGCCGGUGCUGGUGCUACAGAAAUUGAACUGUCCCUACAAAUUCAACUUUUUGCAGAAACUCAAUUCAGACCUGAACAAUGCUCAAUUAGAAAAUUUGCUACAGCGUUGGAUGUUCUACCCAAGCAAUUGGCUAAAAAUUGUGGAAUGAAAACUAUAGAGGCUUUGGCUAAUUUGUAUGCUGCUCAUAAAAAUGGAUUAAUUAAUGAAGGAAUUGAUGUUUUAAAUUCAAAAUUGGUUGAUGCAAAGGAAGCAGGAAUUUAUAAUUUAUUUAAUGGAAAAUUGUGGGCAUUGAAAUUGGCAACAAUUGCUGUUUGUUCUAUUUUGUGGAUUGAUCAGGUUUUUUAA